AGAAUCGAUAAGAUGAACCGUUCGGGACGUUCAGUAGGCAGAGUUCACAAAUGGAGAGAACCAAGAGAUUAACGAAGGGAUUACUUUCCGCAGGAACGUAUCAAGGACAAUGGUACCACGGGAUGAGGCACGGAUACGGCGUGAGAGCGAGCGCGCCCUUCGGUUUGGCCAGUCAUUACAAACCGUCGAAGCAAGUCAGGGCUUCCUUGACGUCCCUGAGGAGUGCGGACGAUGGCGGCGCGGUGGCACCGACGCCGGAACCGACCGACCGAAGGGAUCGUCGGGUCGGCGACAGCAGGGGUGGUUUCGUGCUCAAAGCCAGGAGUGAUAAUCCUCCGGCAAGGAGGAAGAGCCUCACGGAGAAGUCGUUGAAGAAGGGCAUCCUCUCGGGGCUGAAGAUUCGGAAGCAGAGGAGUACGGGUGAUUUGGAGAAACACGGUACUGGAGGCAGUAUUAGGAGUAAUGCUAGCUCAGCGUCGUGGAUGUCGACGGAGAGCUCGCAGAGCCAGGCUUCGGCAUCCGUUCACACGGACAGUAACGCGUCCUUUGUCAUCGAGGACGAGCAAAUGGACGCUUCGGUGACCGAGACGUAUCUAGGCGAAUGGAAGAACGACAAGAGGACAGGCUUCGGUAUAUCGGAGCGUAGCGACGGCCUGCGAUACGAGGGCGAGUGGUUCAAUAACCGGAAAUACGGGUACGGCGUGACGACGUUCAGGGACGGCAGCAAGGAGGAGGGCAAGUACAAGAACAACGUGUUGAUCACCAGUCAGAAGAAGAAGCACCUGUUCCUUAUCAGAUCGGCCAAGUUCCGCGAGAGGAUAGAGGCGGCGGUGAACGCGGCUCAGAGGGCGAGCAAGAUCGCGCUGCAAAAGGCGGACAUCGCGAUCUCGAGAACAGCCACCGCCCGAGGAAGAGCCGAACUGGCGGACACGGCUGCCGAGCAAGCGAGGGAGGACUCGGAACUGGCUCAGCAGACGGCCAAGCAAUUCGCGCCGGACUUCCGGCAACCUGGACUGGAGAGGCUGCGAAACAGGGAGAUACCCAAGUACGUGCCACCGCCGCAGGACACCGUUCCAGGGAAGAGUAUCCUGCACAAGGCGGCCAGCGUGGACCAACCUGGCUCCACGCCGAUGAAGAGCCCGACCUCGGAGCCAACGUCGGGAUCGACCACGUCGGCAGCCACCACCACGGCCAGCAACGUGAUGCAGUCGAUCAGGAGAACCAGCAUGAAGCCGCAGAGCCAAUUGUUACAAAAUCAACUGCUGAGCAAUCAGCUGCCGCAGAAUCAAUUGUCGCAGAGCGAGCUAGCGAAUCCGACCCCGGCUCAACUGGUGAACCAACUACCUCUGAAUCAGUUGAACCAGACAUCGCUGAGCGGUCAGAAUCUUUAUCAAACGCAGUACCCUCAGACGAUGACUCAGAGUCCCGUUCAACAGGGCCAGUACCCUAACAGUAUACCGAAUCAGUAUCAGCUGAUGAGUCAGUUCCAAGGGGGCCAAUAUGCUCCGCAGAAUCAAUACCCUGUUCAGAGUAGUCCCUAUAGUCAGUCUCAGUACCAACCUAUGAGUCCACCUCAGACCGAUCAAUAUUUGUAUCAGCAGCAGCAGAUUGGACCGCAAGGAUAUCAGAACACGCAGACUUAUCCUAAUCAGCAGACGUUGCCGAAUCAAUACGGACCAAGUCAGAUGAAUCAGUACAACUCCCAGCAAAUGUACGGGCAGCCCCAGCAACUACCACCACAGUCGCAAGCCCAAAUUCCGCAACAAUACGAGCCAGAUGGGGACGCGAAACGACCACCGAGUUCUACGAGUAUACGAAGGAACAGCAAGGUUCUAACUCCCCAAGACCGACCCAACACUAUUGGGCAAACGCUGAACGACAGGCUAGAUCAUUACAAAAGGCCGCCGAGUCGCGACAGUUCCGUAGAUCGAUACGCUAGAGCGCAUUCCCGAUUGACUGGUUCGAGACAGCCGUCCGUCGAUAAAACCGUCACGAAUCCAUCCAUGGACAUGCUCGACAGAUCGAUGAGGGCACCGAGUGCGAUUCGAUCGGGCACGCCAUUGAACGGAUCGGUGGUGGGAAGCGGCGCCGCGACGCCGACGUACGCAGCCUCGACGUCCAGCCAAUUCGAGAGCGCCCUGCUGAAGAAUCGUAACCUUGGGCAGGAUAUUCUACCGAGUCCGGGACAGCCUAAGCGUACAGAAAGUCUCUACGUCACUCCCGGACGCGGUUCGACCGCAUCCGGUGGCGGCGUCGGCGGCGGCGGCGGCGGGGGCGGCAUGUCGAAGGAUUUAGGAGUUUCCUCGGCAGAACGUUCGGAGGAACUUUCCUCCUCGCGGCGCGAACAAAAGACGGAAAUUUGGCAAAAGAACCGGGGAAAACGGAUUUUGACGUGA